AAUGAGCUAACAGCUUCAAGGCCGGACUUUCUAUUUAUGAAAGAAUCCGUAGGCGAAUUGUAUUGAUUGCUGAAUUGUAAUUUGAAACAACAGAGGAAACAUGUCUGGACGUGGAAAAACCGGCGGCAAAGCUAGAGCUAAGGCCAAGACUCGUUCAUCUCGUGCUGGGCUGCAGUUUCCUGUUGGCCGUGUCCACAGGCUGCUUAGAAAGGGUAAUUACGCCCAGCGCGUCGGUGCUGGUGCUCCAGUCUAUCUGGCAGCGGUGCUUGAGUAUCUGACUGCUGAGAUUCUGGAGUUGGCUGGAAACGCUGCCCGCGACAACAAGAAAACCAGAAUCAUCCCCCGUCACCUUCAGCUGGCCGUUCGAAACGACGAGGAGCUCAACAAGCUGCUGGGCGGAGUGACCAUCGCUCAAGGUGGCGUGCUUCCCAACAUUCAGGCCGUUCUGCUGCCUAAAAAGACCGAGAAGCCCGCCAAGACCAAGUAAAGCUUCAAUACCACAACACAACGGCUCUUUUCAGAGCCACCCACAUCUUUUCAAGAGCUCACUUCCUCAUAACAUUUAUAUAUAAACCUUUAAAACGCGUGGCAAUGUUGCGAACCUCUGUCCAUGUUUCUAGUUACGUUUUGUCUUCUGAUCUUAAAUGUAUCGCCCUGCAUAAAUGUUAACAACGGUACAUUUAUUUUUAGUUUUUGUCUUGUGUGCCGGGUCAGAGACCAAUGUCAGAAAUGCUAAAAGUAAGAUGCUGUUUUUUUUUUUUUGUUUUGUUUUUUUUUAAACACAAUGACACAUUUAGUUCCAACGUGGCUUUGUGUGUUUACUUUAAGCUGAGAAUAAACUUGAUAAAUAUGUUUUAUAGUUUG